GGCUCUGGCUGCGGGGCGGCACUUUCAGCCGCACUAGAGCACAGCGCAGAGGCCCCAACAGCUGUCCUCAACGCCACCACCGCCUCCUCACUCCAUGGUCAUGAGAGCCGCCUGCCUCUUCCUGCUGUUCAUGCCUGGCCUGCUGGCUCAGGGCCAAUAUGAUCUGGAUCCUCUCCCCCCAUUCCCGGACCAUGUCCAGUACAACCACUAUGGCGACCAGAUUGACAACGCAGACUAUUAUGACUACCAAGAAGUGAGUCCUCGGACCCCUGAAGAGCAGUUCCAGUCCCAGCAGCAAGUUCAACAGGAAGUCAUCCCAGCCCCUACCCCAGAACUGGCAGCUGCAGGGGACCUGGAGACUGAGCCUACAGAGCCUGGCCCUCUUGACUGCCGCGAAGAACAGUACCCAUGCACCCGCCUCUACUCCAUCCACAAGCCUUGCAAACAGUGUCUCAACGAGGUCUGCUUCUACAGCCUCCGCCGAGUGUAUGUGGUCAACAAGGAAAUAUGUGUCCGCACUGUCUGUGCCCACGAGGAACUUCUCCGAGCUGACCUGUGCCGAGACAAGUUCUCCAAGUGUGGCGUGAUGGCCGUCAGUGGCCUGUGCCAAUCUGUGGCUGCCUCCUGUGCCAGGAGCUGUGGGGGCUGCUAGGGUGGAGCUGGUGUGAGAUUCGAGCCCUGGACCCAGCUCGGAUCCACCUCAGGCCCUGCCUGACCUGGUGCUUUCUCCCCAUCCUGCCCUCCCUUUCAUCCCGGACAUCAGUGGGCUGCUACCCUGGGGAGUGUGGUCACAGCUGUCUUGGAUCCCUCCCCAUCCUUAAGUGGGGGCUCCUAACUGUCCAGUCUCCACCCCUUAGUGGGGUUCAUCCAAGGCCUCGUUGUGGGGCCUGGGCUUCUCACUGUGCCUUCUCAGUGCCUGGGGGCAGCCCUCCUCAGUCUCCUCAGGUAGGCUGUGCCCCUUACCCAGCUGGUCUGCUUGGAUUUCCUACGCCCCCAGGCAUGGACCACCUCUGUUUUAUAUAAAAUAAUAAAAAGUUUUUACAAAA